ACUUUGACACAAUUGCAAACAGUAUGACAAGCUACAUACCCUCCCUUACCCUUCCUAGCUUUGUCUUUGAAAAUCCAGCAGUGGCCAUCUUAUUGCCGGUGGUAUGCGGUACAGCUACUGGCUUUGCAAUUAGUCCAAGUGUCUCUCAAGUACAAUACAAGACGUUGAAGCAGCCUCCCCUGCAUCCGCCUGGCUACGUCUUUGGCCCGGUAUGGACCGCACUCUAUGCAACCAUGGGCUACACUGCCUAUCGUGCAUACACAACCGGUGCAUCUUCUGCAAACCCUCAUACAGUCUCUCUUGCUCUUCAUGGAGCGACACUCUACUCCAUCCAACUCGGAUUGAACUUGCUCUGGACACCUCUUUACUUCGGCCUAGGUCAGCCCAUUGCCGCGUCGGUUGACAUCCUUGCCCUUGGCGGGACGCUUGCCUAUCUUACCAGUGUCUGGGGGCAAGUCGAUCCUGUAUGUGGCUGGCUACUCGCACCCUACCUUGGCUGGGUCAGCUUUGCGACAUACCUAUGUAUUGGCUCUGGCUACCUAAAUAACUGGGACUUCAAAUCCAUCAUGAAGAAGGACUAGAUACACCAUUGUGAAAAGUAAUCUGACAGAAAAUUGUAUUUUAGAACACCUCAUUCCGUAUGCAUUUGGUUGCCUACUG